UUGAUCAGUCACUGGUAACAUCACUACGGUCUGCAACCCAACAGUAAACCCACUAAAGAAGUUGUUGCGAGAAAUGGCAACCAAACGUCAUUUUGUCGAGGAAGAUUUUUGUUGUUCCGUGUGCCGCAGUGUUUACAGUGAUCCUGUGUUGCUUCCCUGCGGUCACAGUGGCUGUAAAGAGUGUAUCAGAAAGUACUGGGCGACUCGAGCGUCCAGACACUGUCCAAUAUGCAGAAAAGUGUCUGUCAACAACCCUCCUCUAAACCUGGCUCUCAGAAACCUGUGCCAAUCUUUCUUGGACUACAAGCGCGAUUUGGAGGAGAUGUGUGAAGCUCACCAGCAGAAAUUUAGUGGGUUUUGUUGUGACGAUAAAACGCUCGUUUGCGACAAGUGUAAAGAUUCAGAUGAGUACAAAAAUCACACGUGCCGUCCGAUCUGCGAGGUCGCCGAGGAACACAGGGGAGUUUAUCGGAGCCAGCUUAAUCUUCUGAAGGCCAAAUUAAUACUUUUAAAAAGACGUCACUGUUAUGGAAAGGCUGAAGACAUAGAGCGCUCAGCCAACUUUAGAGAGAAUCUAAUCCGGAAUGAAUUCAGGCAACUUCGCCAACUUUUGGAUAAUGAGGAAAGUCUGUUGAUUGAAGAAUUACUUCAAGAGAAAAAAGAAAAACUACAGAUUAUGAAAGACAAAGUCAAAAAGACAAAUCAAGACACAAUUUCUCUUUCUAGCACUAUUAAGGACCUGGAAGAGACAAUAAAUAGUGUGGACAUCACAUUACUUCAGACACUCAAGGAGACUGCAAUGAUCCUCAAGUACACACCCAAAGAUCCUGUGGUGACUCCAGGGGAGCUUAUAGAUUGUGCCAAAUACUUGGGCAACCUCAAGUUCAAUGUUUGGAAGACAAUUGGAGCAGCAAUAAGCUACACUCCUGUUGUGUUGGACCCUAAUACAGCAAACAGUUUACUUCAACUGUCUGAUGAUCUGACGGAGGUGUGGAACCCUAAUGAGGCCCUAGAUGAUGAUGAAUACCCAAUUUGCGUUCCUGUUCCUGCAAACCUGGAACGAUUCCAAAAUUGGCCCUGUGUGCUUGGCUCGGUGGGCUUCUCUACAGGCGUACACAGCUGGGAUGUUGAGGUGAAAGACAAUACAUUGUGGAGUGUGGGUGUGGCCAUAGAAUCUGUGCAGAGGAAAGGCAAGUACGGGGAGCCGAGUGAUGUCUGGUGUAUUGGAUUUGACGGUGAAUACUUCAGGGUGAAGGAUCCGCUGGGACAGCGUAUUUUGGGUGAAUAUGAGAGACCAAAGCAGGUGCGGGUGAAACUUGAUUUGAUUGAAGGACAGGUGUCAUUCUUAGACCCUCAAAGCGAUGCAGACUAUCACACAUUUACCCCCAUUUUCACAGAGAAGGUGUUUCCUUACUUCCACACUGAAUGCUGUAAGCCUCCUCUCCGAAUUUUGCCUGGGGUUAAUCCUUUUAUUAAAUGAGUACUUGGGUUUUCCUCCUUUAGUCAUUAACAAAAUGGGUCUAAAUUUAAAUACAGUCCCAUAGUGCUACAUUCACUUGUGAUGGCAUGGUCCUUGCAACCAUUUGCUGUUUUAUUAUCUUUUUAUAUUUAUUUAACUUUAUUUUUAUCCGUAAUAGCUUUGGGAUAUUGGAAAGUUUAAGUAAUUACCUGAUCCUUUUAAAUAUAUGUGAGUAUGUCUAAAACAAGUAUUAAGUUUGAUAAAAACACAAUUGUUUAAUACAUUAUUUUCCUUGUGCUAGGAAGGUCUGUGUACUACCUCACAUGUGCAAUGUUUUCAAAUUUGUUUUUGUUUUUUUUUACAGUCAAAGUUUACAGGAAAUGUUCGGUUAAAUCUAUAUAUGUGCCACUACUUUCAUUGUGCACAACUGAUACAUAGAUGAGAUGUUAAAUAAAUAAAGCAUAGUGUUGUGUAAAAAC